UUGUAUAUGAACAUUUCAUAAUAGUUUUUGAUAAUAUAUAUGGUCAUAAUUGGUACUGUAUAAACUGUACAUUUUAACGCUUAUCUCGAAAAUAAAAAUAUAAAACUAUUAUUUUGAUAUAUUUUAAAUGUUUUAGUUCUAUUUUAAUAUUUUUUCUAUUUUUUUUUAUAUAAGAUGUUGGGAGGAAGGGUAGUCGGUAGAUUAAUUUGGACUUUUGGUAGGACCAAGGCGCUAUUUUAGGAGUAUUUAAUAUUGUGAAUUUAUGAAGGGGUAUGACUUAAUGACUAUCAUCCAUUCAUCCCCAUAAUAAAUACGGAGUAAAUAAAUAAAGGGAAUAUAACGAGAGAUAUCCUUUUAUCUGAGAGCACCCAAAGGAAUAUUCCCCGCUCUGCACCUUCCUUAUAUUCCUCCGCUCCGAUCCCCUUUCCCUCAUUUUUCGCUUCUCUAACUCCCUCUUCUGAAGAGAGAUACAGAGAUCGAGCAUAUGAAGUUCGGCAAGAGUUUGAGCAACCAGAUUGGGGAGACGUUGCCGGAAUGGAGGGACAAGUUCCUCUCCUACAAAGACCUCAAGAAGCGCCUCAAGCUCAUUGAGCCCAAGGGAUCUGCUGCGGGUUCAGCCACCCCCGUGGACGGAGACGGGAGAGCCUCCAAACGCCCCAAAUUGGCCGGCGCCGGCGAGGCCGCGGCUGCGAAUUGGUGCGGUGAGAAGGGGAACAUCACGGAGGCGGAAGCCUGCUUCGUCAAGCUGUUGGAGGAGGAGCUAGAGAAAUUCAACACCUUCUUUGUCGAGAAGGAGGAGGAGUAUAUUAUCAGAUUGAAGGAUCUCCAGGACAGAGUGGGAAAGGCCAAAGACUGCAGUGAUGAGAUGAUAAAAAUUCGGAAGGAGGUUGUGGACUUCCAUGGAGAGAUGGUUCUAUUGGAAAACUACAGCGCCCUUAACUACACAGGGCUAGCAAAGAUACUCAAGAAGUACGACAAAAGGACGGGCACCCUCCUGCGCCUGCCCUUCAUCCAGAAAGUCCUACAAGAGCCCUUCUUCACGACCGACUUGCUAUACAAACUUGUGAAGGAGUGUGAGAUACUGAUCGAUCGCCUCUUCUCUUUCAAUGAAGCCUCGCGGGCAACUGGUGCGAAUGACGAACCAUCAACCAGCAUACCCACCAAAAGUGAUGGUCUACUCAGAGCCGGGGCCCCAAAGGAGCUUGCAGAGAUCGAGUACAUGGAGAGCUUGUUCAUGAAGAGCACCUUGUCUGCAUUGCGGGUUCUGAAGGAAAUUCGUAGCAGAAGCUCCACUGUGAGCGUUUAUUCAUUGCCACCCCUGCAAACUAAUGGAGUUGAUGAUUCUUGGAAUAAUAAAAUCCCAAUCUUGGAACAAGAAGCAAAGUAGUCUGACUAAAUAUGUAGUAAUGUU